ACCCAUGAUUAUACUCAUCUGUGAUUAUACCAUGCCUGAAGCCUGAAGGGCCGAUUUCAGCUAAAAAUUUUCAGAGAAAUACUAGAAUUUACAAUUAUGGAAACAUCCCAGAGAUCAGCAGAACCUUCUAAAAUUGCCGAGGAAAGUGAAAACUGUGACGAGAGCAUCAAGGGCUAUGUAGAGCCUAGAUUCGAGUGUCCUAUUUGUCUAACAUGGCUGCGUGAUCCAGUUUUAACAUCCUGCGGCCAUAAGUUUUGUUCUCAGUGCAUUUACACUUGGCUUAAGAAAGAAGGUGCUUGCUGUCCAGUUGAUAGUCAACCUUUGAAGUCUGAAAAUCUUUUCCCAGAUCUUUACACUACUAGAGAAAUAUCUCAGAAACGUACAAGCUGCAUUUAUCAACAAUUUGGUUGUCAAGUAAAAUUAUCUCCUGUGGAUAUGGAAACACAUAUUACUCAAUGCACUUAUAAACAAGAUCUUUCAGAGCCUCAAGUACAAAAUAGCACUAAUGCAAUGUCUGUGGAGUCAAAGUUAUGGGAUCCACCUUUAAAAAAUGGGAUACAAGUUGGAGAUAAGGAAGAACCUUCUCCCGAUUGGCAACAAUUACUCAAAAAUCUAUAUGAAAGGAUAGUAGUUUUGGAACAGGAAAAUCGGGAGCUCUCUAUAACAGUGUCUAAUCAGAAAAAUCAGCUCGCAGCUAUGUGCCUACGAAAUUGUAAUGGAGUUUACAUAUGGAGAUUGAAAUCCUUCCAAGAAAAACUCGAAGCUAUGACCAACGACCCUUUAAAAAUGUUUUAUAGUCCAGGUUUUUAUACAAGUCCUAAUGGAUAUAAGAUCUGUGCUAGGAUUAAUAUAUCAUCCAAGGACCCCGAUUAUCUGUCCUUUGUUUUACAUAUUAUGAAAUCAGAAAAUGAUGAUGCUUUGGACUGGCCAUUUAAUGGUACAAUGUUCUUUGCAUUAGUACAUCCACAAGAUUCGGAGAAAAAUAUAUGUGAAAUAACGUCGUCAAAACCAGAUCUUGAAGCAUUCCGAAAACCCACGUGCGAAUUGAAUAAACGUAGCUUUGGCUAUACAGAUUUUAUACGUUUACGCGAUGUAAUCGAUUUUCUGCAGAAUGAUACUUUAAUUUUUAGAGUAGAAGUUCACCCAAUAUGUUUAAGAUACAUAGUGUAAAUAAUCUAUUUAUGUACUUUGUUUAAAUAUAUUGUUACAACAUUUUAA